GAUCCGAACACAGGAUAGUGGCGGGAAGGAGGAUCCGAAGGCGGGAGACGCGGGUGUCAACAACAACACAGUUGCCACACGACCUCCUGCUGGUGUCCUCGCCGCCAGGUGUCCGCCACGGCUCAUACACGAUGCCGCCUCGAUGUCAAGUAGGGGAGGGAAUUGUGGUGGUGAUGGAUGUUGGUCCUGGAGUUCGAGCAGGAGUUGACAAGACAUUCUACUCUCAGUCCAAGAAAUGCUUAACAAACAUUUUGCAGCGCAAGAUGUUUGCAGAGAAGUGUCGGGACCAAGUUGGCAUUGUGCUGUUUGGAACCAAUGACACGAAUAAUAACUUGGCAAGUAAUGACCAAUAUCGGCACAUCACAGUUCUGCGUGAGUUACAAACUGUGGACUGGGAGGUGAUAACUGAAGUGGACCAACUUCCUUAUGGUAAAUCUUCAGGGGACUGGCUAGAUGCUUUGGUGGUUGCCAUGGACCUUUUGCAUGAUCCAGAUGGGGGACGAUUUACUAGCAAGAAGAUUGUCCUGUUAACGGACUUCAGUGGAGAAUUUAGUGAUGACCAGACCUCAAAGAUUAUUGCAGGACUCAAGAAUCAGGGCAUAGAGUUAAAUGUUAUAGGGCCAGAUAUUAUGGAUGAUGACGAUGAUGAUGCAGAGGACUCUGACGAAGACAAUCCUGGACCUUCCACUGGAGUGAACAGUGCACGUAAUGGCAAAAUACAGGUGGCUCAGAACUGGAACGGCAAACCCAAGUCGGCAGUUCAACUUGCAGGCGAAGCUCUAGUGACUAGGGUGGUGGCAGAAGUUGAUGGUAUCAUCUGCAGCUUUGAUGAGGCAAUACCACAGCUCAUUUUCUUCCAAAAAAAUUCCUCCAACAGUGCCCCAUGGAACACCUUGUUAGAAAUUGGUCCAGAUUUCCAGAUUGCUAUCACCGGCAGAAUCAAGGUAAAGCACUCGACUGCACCAUCAUGGAAGAAAAUGCAUGCUCACAAAGAAUCGGCUGUGAUAACCAAUGAAACAUCAUAUCAUCGGUAUGAUGAUGCACAAACUGUAGUAAAUGAAGAGGAUGUUAUUCCUGGUUACAAGUAUGGUACAACUUUGGUGCCAUUUUCAGAUGAGGAUGCCCAAAUGAAGUACAAAUCAAACAGUCCACGCAGUCUUAGUAUAUUAGGAUUUACUCGUUCAUCAACUGUGUCACACCAGAGACGUGCUGGGGACCAGGUUUUGGUCAUCACUGCCCGAGAGGGAGAUGAGGCAGCAGCUGUGGCUUUCUCAUCUCUGAUUCAAGCAUUACAAGAGUUGGAUAUGGUGGCAGUCACCAGAAGGAUCUAUAAUAAUAAUUAUAAUCCGGUUAUGGGUGCUCUCUUCCCUGAUAUUACAGCAAAAUAUGAGUGUCUCAUAUGGAUACCAUUACCAUUCCAAGAAGAAGUUCGCAUGUACACAUUUCCUUCCCUUCAACGUCUUACAGAAAAUUUGAAUGAUAAUGAAAUUCAAGCAAUGGAUGACCUGAUUUCUUCCAUGGAUCUUAGUUGUCAAGAGGAAGAUGGAGAGGAAGAGUUGGCUCCGACAGGUGUACUAAACCCACAGUUGCAGCAUUACUUCAACACUCUCACUGACCGUGCUCUUCACCCCCACGACCCCAUACCACCCCCUGCACCUCAUGUUUUGAAUAUUCUUGAGACUCCAGAAUGUGUGUGUGAGGCCAGAGACAAAGUUGUGCCGUCCCUCAAGACUCAUUUCCCAACCAAAAAGUUGAUAAAGAAGACCAAGAGGGAUAACAAAGAUUUGUUUGCCAGCAAUGAUGGUGACGAGAGCACAAAGAAGGCCAAGUUGGAUGUAAAUGACAGCAUGAGUGCCAGUGACCUGACUCGUCCGUUGGUGACACAUGUCACCUCGGCUACUCCCGUUCAAGACUUUUUAGCACUUCUUGGUGGUGAAGCUCCUAACUUCAACCUAAUUUGUAAGCAGCUUGGGGAAGUUGUGCUACAGUUAGUUGAUGGUCUUGGUGGUGGUGGUACUAAUGCUGCAGUCGUGGCUAAAGUGAUAGACUGCCUGACUUCCUUCCGCCAGGAGUCGUGUAGCAUUGAUCCUUCAACCUACAACAAAUUUAUCUCGAGCCUGAAAGAAGUUGUAAUGACAAUGUCUCUACAUGAAUUAUGGAACCGUGUCAAAGAAAGUGGUCUGGGCAUGAUUAACAAGGAAGAAAAUGCAAGGAGUAUUAUUGGUAGUGAUGAAGCUGAAGAAUUCCUCAAGUUGGAGCAGCAGUCACAACAGCCAGUCGCACCACCUCCAGCUGAAAAUGAUGAUGUUGAAGAUUUGCUCGAUGACUUGUAAGGCCAGCAUGAUGCAUUUCAAAAGGUACAGAAAUAGUCAUGUUCGAGACAUUUCUUUAGUAUAAUUUCCUGUCAAUUGCGUCAAGCUCUCCCCAUUUAAAGAAUUCAUGAAAACGGGCAAGAUUUUUUUUUACAAUGUUUGAAUGUCAAAAGAAAACAAUACUUAAAAAAUUUAACAACUAUUGUACUGUACAUUUGCUACAACAAGAAUAGCAUUUUUGUUAAUCAAGAUGUUCCAAAAUAAAAAUUUCAAAUGGGGAAAUUAAAUUUAUUAGUUUGCACUUGCACGUAAAGUAGGGCUACUUGAAAUAUUUGUUAAUAAAAGUUUGAUAUCCUUUGA